AAGUAGUAUUGGGAUAAACUUGCUGGUGUUGGGCUAAAAGGAGAUGACCAAGGACCGGAGCCGCCAACAUUUUGAAGCUAAGAAACACUGCCAUUUCCCGAAACGACAAACUCAGUAGAAGGUUUUAUUGAACGAAACGACAAUUAUAAUGGACAGCUAACGGUGACUGGUUGAGACGCUUGUUAUUAGCUUCGUUUAGCUUUUAUAGUUUGCCGUUUCCUUAGUUAAAGCUAACAAGCUAGCAAACGUAAGCUAUAUUACUGUAAACAAUGUUAACAUUUUGAUAUUCAAUAUAAUAUCAAACCAUUUGUGUAAUGGUAACGAUAGCUGACUGUAACUAUUGUAUUGUAUUGUUAAGCGGUAAACGCCAUCUGGAAUGUGACGCCACCGUGUUCGAUGUGGUUGCUUGACAACGGCACAAUUAAAGAGACCGCAACAUCAGUAAUUACGGAUCAUCUUGCCCGGUCCCAGUUGACAACAGGUGGAGCGAGUUGUUUCUCAACUGCAGAACAAGAGCCACACAGCUGCCUUAGAUUCCCCCAAGCUGCCACUGCCAGUCAUCACACUUGCUGCCCCUCGUCUGUGCUGUAGGCAUGGCAUUUUCUGUUCCCAGCUGGACUGUAUGACUUGACCUAAAAGAGAUGGAUGAUGAAUUUGGAAACUUCAUCAGGGAGCGAAAGGCGAGAGUGGCUGAGGAUAAAGCCAGUUUAGAAGAUCCUCCUUACAUGGAAAUGAAGAGGAGAAUUACAGUGUCGGGCUACCACUUGGUGUGGAGUAUGAGAGGAAGAAACAGAGGCUGCAGCAUGAGCUCCGUUUGGACUACAGACGCUACAUGGCUCAGAAGAAGAACUUGGACCCUGGGCAGUCUGGACCAUUAAUGCACUCCAAUACCAGGAGGUCUGUCAAGAUUGACAUCCGCGAUCGAUAAACAGAAUCCCCCCGCAAGCAUGUCUCUACAUCUUCCUCCCAGAGAACGGGAGAGACGCUUUACCUUCAAUUGUAUUAUUGAGAAAACCUUGCUUGGAGAACAGGCUGUUGUUCUUCCCGGUCAGGGAGCCCGCAUACACAGGGAUGCCGCUGCUCUUCUUACAGAGGACAGUAGGUUGCAAAGGGCUUUGCGUCCUGCAGAGGUCCAGCACCUCUACACUGAAGAGGAUGAAGAGCAUUCUUCAAUUCCCCCAAGGCGUCUUGAAAGGCUCAGAAAGCCAGUGGAUAGGGAUUCAGAGGAGGAGGAAUACUUCAAAGAGGAGUUGGAGCUGAUCGGAGGCAGACAUACGGGGUUUGAGGACAUUUAUGAGAGGAGAUCAAAAAAGACUGAUGUCAGGGAGGAGGGGGAGUUUCCAGCAGGUGUUGCAAGAGAAGGCUGGAGAUCGAGAGCACUGACCAAGAAAGAGGACGCUGAGUUUGCCACUGGCCUUAUAAUAGGAUUAGCUGACACAAAAGAUGCCUUACAGAGAAAGAAGGAGUGCUACAGACAGCAACUGCAGGAGCAGAUAGCUGAACAACACAGGAACAAGAAGAGGGAGAAAGAUCUGGAGCUGAAAGUUGCUGCAACUGGUGCAAAUGAUCCUGAGAAACAGCCGGACCGAAUCAGACAGUUUGGGGUGAGCUGGAGGAAGGAUCAUAAGGUUUUGGAGCCAUUAGCAACAGGAGAGAACAAAACAUCAUCCGGAGGUCUAUCUUAUCGUGAAAGGACAUAUGCAAGAGACAGAGAGACGUCUCCCCCUGAGCAGCCCCAUGUGGCCUUCCAGUCCCCUCUGCUGGAUUACAGCUCUGCUCUGGGCCUAGGGGCUGGAGGUCUGUCCCCCAACAGUCAACCUGCAGCCCCCUCCUUUCCCAGAGCCAUGGACACUCCCAGACUCCCCUUGUUUGCUCCUCAUCCUCCUUCUACCGUCAGUGAAGCCUACAGGAGCCCGUACGGAGAGCCCUAUCACUACUAUGGCACCAGAAAUCAGCUUGACCCGAACAUGGCCUACUAUGGUCACUUGCCUGUUACUGCUGCUGGCCUCCCCAUAUCCUACUGGAACGUACCACCAGGGGGAGCUGUGCCCAGCCGGUUUGGUAGCCACAGCCCUCACAGCCAGCACAGCGGAAGUAGCUUUCCAGAGCCUCCAAUACAGUCUAGCAUCGGGGCUGCUGCGGACUCUCAUGUCAGGGUUCUCCAUUCAGAGAAACCCAGAUCAACUAGGGACAGAGCUGUGAGCUACAGGGACGCUUUAAAACAACAGGACGCUUCCGGGAGAGUGAGCAGCGAGCUUUACAACAAGAUCCAGGAGCAACAGGAGCGGAGGUGUCAGGAGAGGGUGGAGACAGAACGUUACGAAGCCCAACUGGAGGUGGACAUGAAGAACCACCAGCCCUGGGGUCGGGGAGGAGGAGGAGCCCCACUCCGAGACAGCACUGGAAAUCUCAUUGCUGACUUAAACCAGAUGCACAAAUUCAACGAAGAGGCUUACAUCAACCCGGAGCAGUGGCAGAGGAGAGCGACGGCCAUAACAACAGCAUCCCGCCGGCUAGAGCUCCCCGACCCUAAUGAGAGGGUCUCUGGUACUGUAUCUGGGUGCAGCACCCAUGACACUAGUAACAGGAUCGGUUUCGCCAGUGUUCAAACCCCCCAGUUUGCAAGAGGCAACAUUUUUUCCAACCAGCCGAGCCAACAACAGGUCCAGGAGCAGGACAAGUACAAAGCCUACCUCAAACAGCAGAUUGAAGAGAAAAUGCGUAAAAAGGCGGAGGAGAGUGAACGGACAAGAUUAGAGGAAGAGAAAGAGGAGAGGAGGCUGGCAGAGCAGAGGGCUCGCAUCCAAAGGGAGUUUGACGAAGAACAAGAGAGGAAGAAACGGAAGGAAAUGGAGCAAAAGGCGAAGAAUGAAGAGCUGAUUCAGCUGGCUGAACAGAAGAAAAGAGAAGUGGAGAGGAAGAAGAAAGAAGAAGAAGAGAAGGAGAACGCAGAACUGAGGAGGCAGUACGAGAGGGAGAGACAGGCUCGAGUGGAGGAGGUUUGCAGGGAGCCCUCGCCUCCAAUCCCUACUCUGCAGAGAAAACAUGGGCAACACCAGUACACCCCGAGGCCGCCCACUGUGGACAGCCUGCAUUCUACUGCCCCCCUGUCUGAGCGCUCUCUGUCUGGUCUCCAGUCCCCUCCUGUCCCUGCUUGUAAGAAUCAGCUCCGAGCUGCAGGAGAUCAGCGCAAUGUUUUCAGUGAACUGUCGGCGCUUCGUCGACAGCUCCGCAGUGAACAGAAGCGACUGGAGGAUUGUCUUCAACAGGGCGACUGGGAGGAAUUGGACUCUCCUCCACGUGACAGAAUUCGGGAGCGUCCCCCUGUUGACGUCUUUGAUAUGGCCAGGCUGAGGCUCCAGGCGCCCGUCCGAAGGCCGACUUCCAGAAAUGCGGAGCCCAGAAACCUGCUGAGAAUCCAUGACUCCCUUCAGCUCAAAUACACAGACGGUGAAUCCAGGCUGGGGUUUAGUGACGUUCCUAAACUGGAGGCAGUGGGUACAGCCAAUAGGAGGAGGCGGGACUACAGGGAUCCUUAUCUGCAGUUCAGCAGCCAGAGGUCUACGGUCCAAGGCGAUUAUUAUGAUCUGUCCCCACCACGGCAAGAUGAAUAUGUGAGGAGUGCAAGAGGUUCUUUGCUGGAGUCAGAGAGUGCUUUCAUUGACCCCCUAGGAGAUGCUUUUCCAGUGCCACGCACACCAGAGACAGAAAAGACUCCUCUGUCAGCCAGGGAGAGGAGGAGGGUGGCAAGAGAGUCACAGCACCCUCAGGAUAGAGCUGCGUCCAGUCAGCCCUUUAGACAACAUGAUGACUACAGAGGCAGGAGAUGGAAACAGGAAGCCGAGACCAGCGCCGAGGGGAGGAGUCGGAACAGGACAGGUGGCCUGAGAGCUCUCAGUCGUUGUGGCAACACAGCUGAACAAUUCGAUCUGUCUGAUGACAACUCCUCCCCUCCCAGAUUUUCCCGUCAAAAACUCAACCAUCAAAGCUCAGUAGAGACUCUUGCCACGGAUCCUUGGAUGAGGCCAGGAACAUCGGACACAGAGCGGUUGAUGACAUAGCGCCAUGGGAGGGGUCUUCUUCUUCAGACAGCUCGUCUUAACACAGAGGCCAGCCCUGUCUUUCAACCAUGAGAUAAUCUUAGUUUUUUUUCAUCUUUGACUUCUGUGAAUGUAAAUCUGGAUUCUGAGAUUUCAGAAUAUCAGGAUAUUGCCACACCCUCAGUCUGACAUGCCACAGAGAAAACUGACACAGAAGUGUUUCUGGGCAUUUUCUGUUCAUGAAUUAUUAAAUUAUGUCAUAAAUAAAUUAUAUUUUAAUUAU